AUGGCGGGCGGCGGUUUUGGCCCUGGCCCCGGCGCCGGAAAGGCAUAUCCCGGCAACCUAACCCCUUACGUCGUUGUCACCUGCAUCAUCGCGGCCAUGGGCGGCCUCAUUUUCGGCUACGACAUCGGAAUUUCAGGUGGUGUUACGUCGAUGGACUCGUUUCUCGAGCGGUUCUUCCCGUCGGUGUACCGGAAACAGAUGGCCGACGACUCGACGAGUCAGUACUGCAAGUUCGACAGCGAGACGCUGACAAUGUUCACGUCGUCGCUCUACCUGGCGGCGCUCCUCUCCUCGCUGGCGGCGUCGACGGUGACGAGGCGGCUCGGCCGGAAGCUGUCGAUGCUGUUCGGCGGCGUGCUGUUCUGCGCCGGCGCGUUGAUCAACGGGUUCGCGCGUGGGGUGUGGAUGUUGAUAUUGGGCCGGAUUUUGCUGGGUUUUGGAAUUGGGUUCGCCAAUCAGGCCGUGCCGUUGUAUCUAUCCGAGAUGGCCCCAUACAAGUACCGUGGGGCCCUCAACAUCGGCUUCCAGCUGUCAAUCACAAUCGGCAUCCUCGCCGCCAACGUCCUCAACUACGGCUUCGCCAAGAUCCGCGGCGGCUGGGGCUGGCGGCUCAGCCUCGGCGGCGCGGUGGUCCCAGCCCUCAUCAUCACCGUCGGCUCCCUCGUCCUCCCGGAGACCCCCAACUCCAUGAUCGAGCGCGGCCAGCACGAGGCGGCCCGGUCGAGGCUCCAGAGGAUCCGAGGCCUCUCGAAUGUCGACGAGGAGUUCAACGACCUCGUCGCCGCCAGCGAGGAGUCGAAGAAAGUUGAGCACCCGUGGCGGAACCUACUGCAGAGGAAGUACCGGCCCCACCUCACGAUGGCCUGGGGGAGGAGGUUUUUGUUCCUCGAGGGCGGGAUUCAAAUGCUCGUCUGUCAGAUAGUGGUGGCGAUCUGCAUAGCCGUGAAGUUCGGUGUGGACGGGAACCCGGGGGAGCUCCCCAAGUGGUACGCCAUCGUCGUGGUACUCUUCAUCUGCAUCUACGUGGCGGGGUUCGCGUGGUCAUGGGGCCCGCUCGGCUGGCUGGUCCCUAGCGAGAUCUUCCCCCUCGAGAUUCGGUCGGCGGCCCAGAGCCUGAACGUGUCGGUCAACAUGGUCUUCACGUUCGCGGUGGCACAGGUGUUCUUGACCAUGCUCUGCCACCUCAAGUUCGGGCUUUUCCUCUUCUUCGGGUUUUGGGUGUGCGUGAUGACGGCCUUCGUGUACUUCUUCUUGCCCGAGACGAAGAAUAUUCCGAUUGAGGAGAUGGGGGUCGUGUGGCGACAACACUGGUUCUGGUCGAGGUUCGUCGGGGGUGAGGGUGGUUAUGCCAAUGGGCAUGCCAAUGGCAAUAGCAAUGGCAAUGGCUCCCUUGAGAUGAAGAAGGGAAUAGUAUGA